ACAUUCAAUCCAAAUUUCGUGUUUGUGGAAUGAGUUAUUAGUUGUUGGGCGUGGAACGGUGGAAAUUUAGUAAAUAAAUUCUUGAAAAUAUACAACAAAACUUCAGCCUGUUGCACCAUCCUAUGCAGAAUUAUUAAAAAUGGGGGCCAGCAAUCGCAAUACCCGUGUUGCUGUGGGCAUUUCAGCAGUGGCCUUUACCCUAUUUCUCAUAGCAUUCGUCACUCCAUACUGGCUGGUUACAGAUGGACGCCUAAGUGAUCCACGAUUUACCAAUUUGGGUCUAUGGGAGGUGUGCUUCAACAAUUUCCAGGACAUCCAUAGGUUUUAUGAGACCAGAUUUAAGGGAUGCAUGUGGGUCUUCGAAGAGGAGUAUUACAUUAUACAUGAUUUCCUAUUGCCUGGAUUCUAUAUAGCUGUGCAAGUGUUUGCCACUUUGUGUUUUGUAAUGUGUUUGAUUGCACUGCCAUUGACUCUGUCGUUUUUGCGUACGUCUCGAGACGAUGAUCGUUAUGUGUUUCUACUGCUUACCAUUGGAUCGUGUCAGAUAUUGGGUUCACUGUUUGGCUUCAUAGCUGUUGUGGUGUUUGGUGCAAAGGGAGAUUCGCGUGAUUGGAUGCCUCAUUGGCAAAACAAUGAUAUGGGUUGGUCAUUCGCCUUGGGAGUUGUUGGUGCAGUCUUUUUGUUGCCAGCUGGUGUCUUGUAUAUGGUGGAGGCACGUCGUGAACGCUAUAAACAUUUGAAUGAGAUUAGUACUCGAGAGGCAGCAAGUGAAUAUGGUGGCGGUGAUGAUUACUAUACGCAACAGGUGCCAGCACAAAUACAACAGCAGCCGCAACAGCAACAACAACCUACUAUACAAGAUUAUUAUAAUCCACAACCAAGCCGUCCAAGACGCCCUCAACCUGGUCAUCGUACCCCAACAGCUCCUCCAGCUGUCGUAGGUGGUGGCAUACAAACAGAUAUUUAAUUGGAGCAGCUUAACUCUGCAAAAAAAAAAAAAAUCUACGAAAACAUAUCCGUCCACAAUGUUGUUUUAUAUUAUAAUUAUAUGUAGUUAACGACUGUCCAAUUUUAUUUUUAGACUAUCUGUAUCCUUUUUAUAAAUCGAAUCUCGACCUUUUUAUCGAGCAAUCGAUAUACAUUUUUUUAUUCAGAACUAUAGUGGCCUUAUUCAAUUGUGUCGUAUUCCGUAAUGUAAUUGUAUAUUUAUAACAAUUGUUUAUUGAAUCUCGUGCAUGUUACAAUUUCGAAUGUAAAUCUUUUUUAUGUAAAAAUAAUCUACAACAUUCCAUCACAAGUAUUUUUAUAAAGUAUAAAUGCUUAUACUUCAAUUAAGCACAAUUUUCUAACUUGAAUAUUUAAUAUUUACAAAUUUAUACAUAAUUGUAUACCUGUUUUUGGUUACAACAAAUAAAGAUUAACAAACUGAAAGAAAAAAUUAUUUUAUUUAUAUCUAAUGGAAGAAUCCACAUGAGUUGGGCGUUUUCAAAAGAAAUAUAAAAAUUCGGCUAGUCAAUUUGAACUAAAAAGAAAUCUUUAAAUAGUGCUUUUAUGAAAUGAUUGGAAUUUCCAUCUGAUUUUUAAUAAAUCCGUAAAAGAAACUUAAGUGAAUGAUUGGCUCUUUGAAAAUGUGUGUCCAAAGACUGUCACUCAGUCCCUUUUUAAGAGAUUUAAUUUGUUGAAGGCAUGAAAUUGUUUUCUUCCAAGCACUCUUUUUCAGAGCUUCAAACUAUAUACUUACCCUCUACGUAAUUUCCAAAUCUUUAAGCUUUGGCGAUUUUAUAGUCCAUGAAAUUCUUUCAUAUCUAUUAGUGGUUGGAUAAAAUCAAUAGCUCUUUUAAAUAACAGUUUUAUCUUUAUUGAUAUUCGUCGACAGUUCUCAUCAUUCAUAAAAAUAAUUAAUAUAUAAUUAAGAGAUUACAGUAAAGCAUUUUUUACAAGAAAUCAAAUAAAAAAUAGAAUUCAUAUUAACAAA